AUGGCUUCAUGUAUGGCAUUAAAACGUUCAUUCGAACAUGAUCGAGAUUCGAAUGCAAACUCUCCUUCAUAUGAGUCAAGGACGUCAUCACCUUCGUCGUCCGCUAAACGUCAACGUCGUUAUUUUCCAAUGACAGUCGUUUCAUCAUCUAAUGAAACACCAAUCUCAGACGUAUCAUUAGAAAAUCAAUCUGUUUUUCCUGAUGUUCAACCACUUUUGACAAACGAUGCGUUAUUAAUUCGUAUAAAGGAAGAAGUUCGCCGUCUUCAACGACGCCAUCAAUUGAAAUCUUCCUCGUCCGACAUACCUGAUGAUGACAAUAACACAAAUCAAUCGACAGAUUCAACAUCAUUAGUAAAUUUGCCUGGACAUAAUUCUCAACAGCAUCUUCUCACACUUAAACAAGUCAAUAUGAUUUGUGCGCGGUUAUUGAAGGAACGUGAAGAAAAAAUACGGGAAGAAUACGAUCAAAUUCUAUCGAAUAAGCUGAAUGAGCAAUAUGAAGGUUUCGUUCGUUUUACCCAAGACCAAUUAACACGACGCUUUUCUGAAUUACAAUUUUCGUAUGUUUCAUAA